AUGCUGGAUGGGACAACUUCCCCAGUGAAGAGUUACAACACCAUUACCAAAUCAAACAAGACGCCGAAUACGUCCGCAGUCGCAGAUUUCCGAACCGAUUCGUACAGUUGCGACCCUGAUAUAAUAGUCACUGCGCUCACCAAAGGCGUGCGUUUCGACGGGCAUUCUGGAGACGACUCUGUUACAAGGACUCUCGAGAACAAAGUUGCGAGGCUUUGCGGAUGUCAAGCAUCCCUAUUUCUCCCCACGGACGCAAUGGCGAAUGUCAUUGCAGCCCAACUCUUGCGUGGGAAUUCACAUGGCUUGCCCGGUAUGAUAUUCGCCGAUGCCAGGUCCCGGAUUUUUCGCAAAGGGUCUGCAACGUCUUCCAAAAAAGUCCUCUUGCCAAUCCAGCCCGGGAACAAUCUUUUCUUGACCAAGGAAGACCUUGAAAAGGCAGUUCUCGGUCGACAAUCAACCUUUGGUCAACGUAGUGUUGGUGACAGCGAUGCUGUUCUAAUAUCGCUCGAAGCGGCGGUCGGAGGAGUCAUCUUCGACUUUUCUGAGAUGCAGCGCAUCUCCAGCUUCGCACGGAACCGUGGGUUCAAACUGCAUUUGGACGGGACGCGCAUCUGGGAAGUGAUUGCUGCAGAAUUGCGGCCUUUAGAAUCAUAUUGCUCUCUCUUCGAUAGCAUUUCUCUCUCCUUCUCCAAAGCCCUGGGUGCUCCAUUUGGUGGUAUGCUCGUUGGUACCAAAGAGUUCAUCUCUGAGGCCGAGAGAGUCAAGAUCAUGCUAGGUGGCACCUUGGAAAAGACGGAUGUGAUAUCUGCAAUUUGCACUGAUGUACUCGACAAGCACUUCUGUGGAAAUCCUGCCCUGGUCAAGCAAUAUUUAGAGAAGUCCCAUGUUUAUGCGCAUGAGAUUGCAGUGUACUGGCGGCGGGAAUGCAAGGGCACUUUGAAGUACCCGACGGAAACGAACGUUGCUUGGCUUGAUUUGGACGAGGAUGAUACGAACAGACUCGUGACGCUUGCCUGGCAAUAUGGCUUGCGAAUUGAUGGUGCAAGGCUCAUGUUUCAUCAUUGCGUUUCCCGAGAUGCGGUGGAAUUGGUAAAGGAAUUGCUGAGGAAUUUUUCUUCACAAAGAAAGAGCAAUAGUAAAGUGCUACUUGAAGCUCGAGCUCCUGUGCAUGUACUUCCAGCCCAGACAAAGAUGAUAUCGCAAUGA